CUGAGGCAUGCCAGGGUGAAUUACGCAUGCGCAGUUGGGCUCCACCAUGGCGGCUGAUUGGAAGGAUGUGGAGUCAAAGGUCAUAGAAGAGCUAGCGGACCAUCGUUUUGUCUUUUGUUCUGAUGAGGUUGGAGUGAGUGGUGAAGAUAGGAAAAUGCUUCAGAAGCGGUCAUCGCGUAAACAGUUUCAGGAUCUGUCAUUCAGAGACUCCGGCAAAAGGAGCAUAGAAAGGGUUCCAGUGGCAAAUGAUCUACGCUCUCAGAAAGGUCGGGAAUCCCAGAAUGCUUUGCGCCCUCAGAGACAGAGUGAUAGUGAGAGGGAAGAGAGGAACUCGGUUCAGAAUAGUAAACCACCAGCAAAGGGGAUGGAAGAACGAGUACCAAUGAUGACUCAGCCACAAGGAGGAAUGAAAAACACAGGAAUGCCUCCUCAACAAGCUGCUGCUCGUAAGACAGUUUCCUCAGCUAUGACAAAGAAACGGACACAGUUGAUUAAAAAGUUGAUGACAACCUCGUCAAAACUCACUGCCCGGAAAUCAGGCCCAAAUGUCAACAGGUUGCAAUUACAGAAGAGAAACAUGCAACUGAAUGCAGGCAAACGAGCUGCGUUACCAGUCAGGUUUAACUUUCGAAGGUCCACUCAAAUGGAGAUGCCAAAGAGGCAGUUGGCUGGAAAACAAUGUGGUCAUGUAGCUCCAGAUAAGGUGAAUCAUUCCCACGGUGCACAACUUGUUAAUGAAAGAGGUAUCUUGACUACUCUAAAAACAGAACCAGUCCAAAGCAGUGUACCAUCAAAUGUGGAAAUAAAAGGUAGUGUGACAGACCAACCCGAUAAACCAAAACAGCAUGCUACAGCGCGGAAAUCGUGGUCUACAAUAAAGAAUUUAACCAACAGUCCCACUACACCACAAGGCUCUCUGAAAAAACCGCACCAAGUUCGAUUUGCCAACAAUAAACCAGGGAAGGUAAAAACCAAAGAAAGUAGAAAAUUGAUUUUUGAUCUUAAUAAGAGUCGCAAACGGAAUGCUGCUGUUGCAGCUGAAACUUUACCCGCAGCCAAGAAAUUGAAAUCGGCAUCAAUGGCAAUACCACCCGUUGUACAACGAGCCAUUAUGCUUGGCUUAGUCACAACAUCAUCAUUUCGACCAGGCAUGACAGUCGCCAAUCCAGUUGAUGGAGAUACAAUCUUACAUCAGAAAGAUUCCAACAAACUACACGUGCAAAGAACAGCAACUCAGGAUUAUUCCCCCGAUAAUCAAAAGACUGACUCUGACGAUUCAGCACCUGGUACAGGACAUAGCCUAAUGGUAGGACAACACGAAAAAAUGAGAAACUAUAGAGACAGAGACAGCAACUUGAUGGAGUCUCCUGACUCAUCUCAAGUUGAUGAUCAAGACAUUUUCAUGGAUGAUGAUCCUCCGAAACUCAUCAGUAGUAGGGAUCUUGAAGCUCAAGACGUGAGUGGCAGUGAAGAAACACCUGAACUUGACAGCCAAGCACCUCCUGAUAUUACACCUGCUCAGGACAUGCACCAAACACUGCCCUCUAGUGGUGAUAUACAGUCGGCAGAUCGUGACAAUCCCACCCCAAUUCCAGGCACCACAGCGUCAUCCUGUGAUCCCCGUCAUGCUCUUGCUGCAGAUUUCCCUGUCGGUACUGCUGGGUCUGCUACGCCAGAUUCAUCGGCCAAGGAGACCUGUCCAUCUGACAUCAAGAAGAAGAAGCGCCCUCGUACACACACGCAUUUUGGUAUGAAGCGGCAUCGAGUUGGCAAACCACCAAAUAAAAUCGCUACCUACGAUUCUGAUUCAACUGAUAUCCAGAGUGAAGCGGGCAGUGAAAAUCAGUCACCAGGUCAGAAGAAGAAACGAUCUAGUAGCACCUCAACUAUGGCCAGCUUAGAAUCAGAUGCAGAGUUUUCAGCACAGGGUAGUCUUGAUGGACACAUCAAUAGCAGUCAACAUCUCCAGUCUGAGCUUCCUCUUUGCUCUUGCCGCAUGGAGCAGAAAGGUCCUUCAUCUGUAAUCUUAUCCACCUGUCGAGCGUUGGAAGUUAUUGACAGUGAGCUGGUUGAGUGUACAAAUAAGAUCAAUACAGGCAAGUUACAUCGUCCAUCUUCCAGAGUUCCUUAUGGAGGCUUCUGCGCUGAGCACAGGACACUGAUGACUGAACACAAGUGUUGCCCAGGAUGUGGCUGUUUUUGCACAACAGGAGUCGUGGUCAUCUGCAACCCAGAAGGAAAUGACAAAAAAUCCCAUCACUUUCAUCGUGAGUGUAUCAUGGACUUAGCAGGAGCCCUCUAUUGUCCACAUUGUGGCAGUACCUCUGGACUACAAGAAAUUUCAAUCCCAUCCAAUGGGAAUAUGGCCACGCUACGCAAGAUACCAAAGUCCAAUGUCAUCAGUGGUGUUGUCAAGUUACCCAAGUCGUUGCUAGGGAAACUAACUGGUUGCUGUGAUGAUGAGGAAUCACUGGAUGCUGAGGUUAAGGAACUUGAGGAACCCAAACAGCAUGGACCAAGAGCAAAGAUGAGCAUAACCAAGAAAGAUAAACCCGAGUCAGUUAAUGAAGAACAAAGCUAUGCUGAAUUACUAUCGAAGAGUGUCAUCCUGAAAUCAGGAACGAUCCUUACCUCAAAGCCAUUACCACCUGGUCCAAAGAGAGAUGUCCUGGAGUCAGCCAUGGAAUACCUCAACAUAGAUUCGCCUAAACGAAUCCGUUUCUUCCCCAAGAACAUGUACAAUGCAUCCUUGCAAGGCGAAAUGGGCAAAGUACUUCAGAUGCUUGGUAAGAUCAAACAAGGGGAAGAAAAAAUUGGCAAAAUUAGUCACAUGGCUGUUGAGAAUGGGUACAACGACUGUAUGAAAUACCUGAUAAAACAUGGUGCUGCUGUGGAACACAGGGAUGACGAGGGUAUGACUAUCCUUCACCUUGCGGCUAAGACUGGCAAUUUGGAGGCUGUUAAACACAUCAUGAGUCUCAGGAAAAUCAAUUCCAAUUCCCAGGACGAUGGUGGUUGGACACCAAUCAUCUGGGCUGCCGAGUACAAACACAUUCCAGUCGUGAAGUAUCUCAUAGAACGAGGUGCUGAUCCGAAUGUCAGAGACAAGGAGGGCAAUUCAGGUCUUCAUUGGGCUGUCUUCUCUGGAUCAGAAGACGUCGCUGAGCUUUUCCUCAAUAGACAUUGUGAUGUCUACGCACCCAACAUUCAUGGAGACACACCACUACACAUUGCCUCCAGAGAGAAUCACUACGGCUGUGUCACCAUGCUGCUUCUGCGAAAUGCCAACAUUGCAGUCACAAACCAGGAAGGUGAGACACCUCUAGAUUGUGCCAAGCCAAACUCGGAUGUAGCCUUAGCUUUGCAGGUGAAUGAGAAGAUGAAACUGGCUGCUGGUAACAGAGCUAUCAGAACAGAAAAGAUCAUCAGUCGUGAUAUAUCCCGUGGUUUGGAAUCACUUCCCAUUACUGCUGUCAAUGCCAUCAAUGAUGACCCUGUGCCAACAGACUUUCACUAUGUUGCCCAGAGCUGUGAAACAAAGCCUCUCAGCAUCAACCACAGUAUCAAGAAUCCACCGAUGUGUACUUGUACCAAUGAAGAUUGCUACACAGACAGCUGUGAGUGUGCCAACAACAGUGUUCAAUGCUGGUAUGACUCGGAUGGUCGUCUCUUUCCUGAUUUUGACUACCAUGAACCUCCUCUAAUCUUUGAGUGUGGACCUGGUUGUAAGUGUUGGAGAUCCUGUCGUAAUCGUGUAGUUCAGAAUGGCAUCAGGUGCCACCUUCAGCUCUACCGCACGGCAAAAAUCGGCUGGGGUGUUCGUGUCACCCAAGAUGUGCCACAGGGUACCUUCAUUUGCGAGUACUCUGGGGAGCUGAUUUCUGAUGCAGAGGCUGACAAAAGAGAGGACGAUUCUUAUCUCUUUGAUCUUGAUAAUGAGGAGAGGGAGGUGUAUUGUAUCGAUGCCCGUUACUAUGGCAACGUCAGUCGUUUCAUUAAUCAUCAGUGUGAUCCCAACAUCGUGCCAGUGAGGGUGUUUAUUGAGCACCGCGAUAUCAGCUUUCCCCGGAUUGCUUUCUUUGCUUCACGUGACAUCAAAGCACAGGAGGAGCUUGGCUUUGACUACGGGGACAAAUUCUGGGCAAUCAAAUCCAAGUUUUUCACCUGCUGCUGUGGAUCAGAGCAUUGUAAACAUUCUGAAGGAACCUCAGGCAGUGAUGAAGGGGAUCCAGAUAGCUGAAACCAUCCAGGAUAACAGGUGGUGUUUGUUCUCUCUGUGUUAUCAUCAUUGUUUUAUUAGGUUCCUGAUUCCAAAGAGGUACUGCUGAGCACAAACUAAUACUCGGCCAAUUGUCCACUCAGUCUAUGAAUCUGAAGAGCACCAGUCCAGGGCAGGAUGUCGUAUUGAGGUUUGGGGCUGGUAAUCUUUUCUUGCUGAGCAGUACUUUUCAACACUUGGCAGAAUCGUAUGCUUUGUAGCUCUAAGGAGCAAAGUUAUUUCUGAAGGUAUGAUUUACUACUUUUAUCUGGGAGAAUUUCUUAAGUACUUCAGUGUUUGUAAACUCUGAUAAAAUUUGCAAAAAAUCCAACUGGGCUCGAAAGAGAUGGGUAAUAGUUCAGUUCUCUUGAGUUUUUGGAGUCAUUAAACCACCUUUUACACCUUUGAAACAGUUUCCAAUAAACCUAAAAUAAAACUCACUCUGAAGAGAUGUCAGGGAUAAACAGAACAAAGUUGAGAGAAGCAUUGGCUGUGUGAAUAGAAGCAACAAGAAAAACUGUCUUUGACUGGGAAUUGUAAACCCUUCCAAUGUUGUCAUUGCGGGGUCAUCUAAAUAGAGGAUUCGGUUGGCAAGGUGUUUUAGGUUGUGAGUAAAUUGUGAGAGUUCCUUGCUGUGACUGGCCAUUUUUAUUAGAAUUCCUUCUUCACCCACUAGCCCUCACCCACUUUGUGCCUUGCUGAGCCAGAAAUCGUGACCAAUCUUGAAAUUUUUUAUCCUUUUUGCAGUAUUACCUACAUUUAAAUUGUAACACCACACGUAUUUAUGAUGUCUGUUCUCAGAUGGGUGAAUAAAUGAUUAAAUCUUCUCGUAGGGAGUCAGGCAAUUAUAAGUCCAAUUUGUACCUUUUUUAAAACACAAUUCUAUAUGACACAUUAUUUUAAAGGUGGUUACUGUAAAGAAAAUGUCUGGUCAUACAAAAGGAGAAAUGAAAAUCAAGUGUCUAAUGGCAGUCUUAUCAUCCUGACAGUUGAAAGUUUGUCAUUGUCUAAAAAUUUGUAUAACCCUCAGAAAGUUUGAUGAGGUGACAUGCGAACCUCGUACUUACUAAGCCUUUUUUGUCUGCCGCCUCCUCCCCUUAAAAAGACAUUUGACACUGCCAUCAUUUGGCACUGCCAUCAUUCGGCCCAUAUUUGUUACAUGGAUUAGCUUAUGAUGGGACCAGAUUAUUCACAGUCAACUGUCAAUGUCCAUCCUAGAUAAAGCCAGUACAUGUCAUUGAAUGACGAUUGUCGACCUUAAAUACCGAUGCUCCUCUACAGUUUCCUGACAUGCAACUUUCCUUGGAGAUUGAAAACCAACUAUGCAAAAUCUUUUGGAACAUUCUCUUUUUUGAAUUCCAUUUUAGAUGCCUACCUGGUAAAGUAUAGUCACUCCUGUCGCUCCAACCGUAAUGUUCAAAUCGAAUCCACUGCUGUAAUCAGCAAUUUGAUACCCUCCACCAUUCCUUUCAUUGAUAAUAUCCAUAUCUUUUUUAUCAUACAAUUCUUACUGCACAUGAACCCUCUUCAUCUUUUUCAGCCGGUCGUUUGCUAUCUCUUACAUGAAUCAUUUUGCCAAGCAUUGAUUCAGAAAGCCUGUGUAAACAUUCAUCACUCAACUCUUAUAAAUGUACAGUAUACACACUUGUUUUCUCAAUCCAGACUUAUUUAUUAUUUUUGCCCGCACUGGACACGUAUUAAUUUUCACGCAGAGCUGUGAAAUUUAUCAUUGAUACCACAUCGUAUUCACGAGCGUGUGCCGCUGCUUUCUUUUCAUUUGAGUUAAAUAUGGCAGUGGAUUGCAGUAAUGUCUUAGCAAGCUGGAUAGCUAAAUAUUAUUCCAAGGGCAAUGACCAUCCGAAGAGAAAAGAAAAACUUAUUGUGGCACAUUAAAAGAGGGGGUUGUUUCUUGGAAUUGGAGGAUUCAGGAAGAAUCGUAGUUAGAGUUUGGUGACAUUUCAAAAUCUGGUCUCUUUUUAGUGACGCUCUGUUAACGACAUAAUGAAAAAGCUGGGCGGUGAUUGUGUUUUGUUUUUCAACUUCCAAAUAGUCUUCACCGCUUGAGGUAUCAUUCAGAAAUUAAACAGCACCAGUCUACCCAAAACUGGUUCCUGUACAUGUGGACACCAGAAACUCAGAUAGUUUCAUUAAUUAAUCUGCUCUUUUCAUAUUUUGUUUUCUCAUAUGAAGCACAAUGUAUAAAAAUAGAUUUUUUUAAUUUGCGAGUAUAUGUAAUAAUCAAUAACAAGCAGAAAGGUCAAUCCCUGAUUUUUAUUUUCAUUUAUUUUUUUUUAGUUGUUACUGACGUCAGUUCUGUACUUAAUCAUUAUUUUCUCACCACAUGAAAGUUAGAUGAGUUUCAGCGAAGUGAAUGAACACGAAGGAUUAGCGAAUGUGACCUAGCGACUUGUAGUUUUCAUCUCAGGUUACAUUGAGCAGGAAAUGAACUUUUCGGUCUUUCUCCACUCGGAGGAAAAAGAAAUGGCUUGAGGGAAAGAAUCGUCCGCAUGUAAGGGAAGUUGGUGUCUAUGGUAUUGCUGAUUUGUUCUUUGACAAUCAACCCUCAGGUGAUUUUGUAGUUAACAUCACAUACUCUCUGAUUGUCGGCUCGCGCUUUUCUCUUCUUACAAUCUCACAGCUGCAUGUCCACAUGCCUGGCUAUAGGCGUUGAUUUCUUUUCUUUGAAGGGUCAUACUAAAAUAUCCAUAUAUCCUUUGAAAGACGAACUGGAAUUCUCGUUGUUUGUUGAGAUUCCUUCUUUUCCUUGAUGUGUUUUUGUGCAACUGGUUAAUUGUCAUUACUUGUACGUUUUACGUAUGGCAGUAAUCCAGUUGUACGUUACUGGGUAAUGGUCCGGUUAUUGACUUUAUUGUAAUCUUUAAAAAAUAUGAAGGGGGAAUUAAAAUGACCUUCCAGUUUUAACAACAUUUUAAGUGGUAAAAUCAGUUAUUGUUCCUUUUUUAUGAUUUUCACAAAAGUGGAGGAUAUAUUUUUGUUGCUUUGAAGAAUUGGACUUGUGUUUUCCUGAGAAGGCUUUUAUCUGUGUAACGUAGAGAGACUAGUGCUGUGAUUCGAUCAGUUAUAUGGAGCGUGCUGUAAGAAUAAAAGACUUAAAAAGAGUUUUCAUGAACGAGUUAGCUGA